AUGGAAUUUAUAAAGCGUGACAGGGAGACAUCGAAAAGUAAGAAGUCUGAUAAAAGAGUCAAAUUGAAUAUCGGCGGAGAAGUAUUCGAGUCCUGGAUUUCAACUUUAGAACGAAUCCCUGGGACUCGACUGGCCCUUUUAGCUCACCUUCAGGAGGCAGAUGAAUCCUGGGAUAAAGAGAGGGAUGAGUUCUUUUUUGACCGCCAUGCCGGAGCAUUUAUAUCUAUCCUUCACUAUUACCGGACAGAAGAGCUACAUGUGGACCAAAAUAUUUGUGGAAAUAUUAUCCGAGGGGAAUUGGACUUCUGGGGUCUUACAGAAUUGGAUAUUGAGCCUUGUUGUUGGGGUCACUACAGCAAGUUUAAGGAUCACAAAGAAACGCUGGCUGCACUGGACGACAAUUUCACCACUGAAAUGGACAUUGAUGCAUGGGGAGACAAGCCGACCAAUCUAAAUCGCUUCAAACGACAGAUGUGGCAGUUCAUGGAAGAGCCAGGAUCCACACGUGGAGCCAAGAUUUUUGCUUUCAUCUCCAUGUCUUUCGUCGUAUUGUCCAUUGGUAUAUUCACUAUGGAGACCUACACCUGGUUUCGGGUUCCUAUUACUGGGGCGGUCAAGAAAAACUCCUCUGCCAUGUCACUUACUUUAAACACUGUAGGGGACUACUGCGUCAAGACAGGAGGUGGGGAAGACGUUUACUCGUUCGCUGACACAAAACCUCAUCUGGUUAUGCAAAUUUUGGACUACGUUUGUGCUGCUUAUUUCACGGCAGAGUAUGUGUUCCGUUUAUUCUUUGCCCCAAGAAAGUUUGAGUUUCUACGACAGCCAUUAAAUGUGAUUGAUAUUCUUUGUUUGAUACCGCACCUCAUUGCGAUUAUUCUGGUAACCAUCGACCCAAACGAUAGCACGAGUCAGCUUUUCAAAUCAAUGCUAGCCUUGAGGACGGUAAGAAUUCUGAGAAUUUUCAAACUGAUGAAGCAUUACAGUGCUUUUAACAUCCUAGUAUACACGAUCAAAGUCAGCACAAAGGAAUUGCUGCUAAUGGUGAUAUUUCUUUUCACGGGAGUUUUGAUCUUUGCGAGUGUUAUUUUCUAUGUCGAAAGUGAUACGUUUGAAAAUAUACCCAUAGGAUUCUGGUGGGCGUUGGUUACCAUGACAACCGUAGGAUACGGAGAUAAGGUACCAAAGACAGUGGGGGGAUAUAUUAUCGGUUGUGGAUGUGUGCUCUGUGGGGUUCUCACGGUUGCUUUCACGGUGCCCAUUGUAGUGAAUAAUUUUACUCUUUACUAUUCACAUGCACAGUCAAGAAUUAAAUUACCAGCCCAUAAAAGGAAGGAAUUAAAAAGAAAAAUAUUUAUCAAGAACCAAAAGUCUUCAAAUUUUCUGGAUAAACUUCGGAAAAAGAAGAAAAAUAAAGAUUCACAUUUCUCUGAAAUUGACGCAAUCGAAAUAAAAAGAUCGCCACCAUGUGGUGAAGAAGCGGGAAAACUGAAUUCGACAAAUAUUGACUUAAGUGCGUCUCGUCAAACGUCACAUCUAGUCCACGAGAAUAAUAAAGAAACUGAUAGCUCUAGACAAGAAAGGAUUCACACCAUUUCAGAAAAAAUGGAUGACGGUAGUGCGACUUCAAUUACACCAGUUGAAAUAGACGUCAUAGAGAACGAGCAACACAAAAUCGAGACAACACAACUGCUGAAUGGCCUAAAGGAGACUAACCAACGCAUGAAAGAAGAGCGCAGGCGACAAUUAGAAGUACUUCGGACCAAACGCGAGCAGAAGAUGCUACAGAAAGAAGGCGGGAAAACACCUCGUGCAGCUCCCGCGCCCGCGGCAAGCAGUAGAAGACGAACAGAUAAUAGAUAA